AGCCAAAAUCCAAACUCACAUCCCCACGUUUUUCCACCAGAAGAAGAAAAAGGCUAACUAAAACUCAAAAUCAAGAAAAUGCUAACUCCCCUUCACCUACUCUCCUCUCUUCUCCUUUUCCUCUACAUUCCAUGGCCAAGAAUCAAUCCCAAUAACCCCUUCUCAUACCCUCCUCUAUCUCUCUCUCUCACUCCACCGAGUCAUGACUUCCUCCUACUGUUUGUCUUCCACCAGAAACACCUCUUUGUUUCAUACUUCACGUAUUUGUCUCCAAAAAGACAGGCUCUGUGUCUUUUCCCAUUGUCCCGGAAGAGAAUUUCUCACUUUGAAGCCUCAAGAAUCGUUUCCUAAGUCAUCUCUUUCGGUUCUCACUCUAAGGGGAAGUGGAUUCAGACGCCCUUUUGCUGCUUUUGCAGAAGCAGAAGGUGAACAUGUUGAAGAUGUUGUUAGGGCCAAAGAGCAUCAUCAUCACCAUCAAGGAAAUGCAGAGUCUGAUGAUGAUGAGUUGCCUGGAAUGGCUAAGGCUUUUAACAUAUCUUCAGGGACAGCUUCUGCUGUAUCGGUUUGCAUAGCAUUGGCGGCUCUUGUUUUCCCACUUUUCAUGGGCUCUCUGGGGCAGGGACUGCCAUUCAAGACUAAAGCUUUAUCAUAUGCUACACUUUUGUUUGGCUUCUACAUGGCCUGGAAUAUUGGGGCUAACGAUGUGGCAAAUGCGAUGGGGACUUCAGUCGGGUCGGGGGCGUUGUCACUCCGGCAGGCGGUGCUGACUGCCGCCGUGUUGGAAUUCUCGGGUGCAUUGCUGAUGGGGACUCAUGUAACUAGUACAAUGCAGAAGGGAAUUCUUGUUGCCAAUGUUUUUCAGGGAAAGGAUACUCUGCUUUUUGCUGGGCUGCUAUCUUCUUUGGCUGCAGCUGGUACUUGGCUACAGGUUGCAUCAUACUACGGUUGGCCAGUUUCGACUACACAUUGUAUAGUAGGAUCAAUGGUGGGAUUCGGUCUUGCCUAUGGAGGACCUGGGGCUGUCUUUUGGAGUUCACUGGCAAGGGUAACUUCGUCAUGGGUUGUCUCACCUUUGAUUGGAGCAAUAGUGUCUUUCCUUGUCUAUAAAUGCAUUCGCAGGUUUGUUUACAGUGCUCGAAACCCUGGACAAGCAGCUGCUGCAGCUGCACCGAUUGCUGUUUUUCUGGGUGUUACUGGGAUUUCAUUUGCUGCAUUCCCUCUUAGCAAGACUGUCCCUAUAGCUCUUGCCCAGGCAUUAGCCUGUGGUGCUGCUGGAGCCAUUGCAGUCGACAGAGUUAUUCGAAAGCAACUAGGCCACCUCCUUGCCAAGUCUGCUAAAGCUGACCCAGAGCCUAAACCAGAAACCCAUCCCAGUAAAAAUAUCGGGUUCCUUUCUGAUAUAGCUGGCCCUACAGGAACCCAGUUAGAGAUAGUUUAUGGGGUCUUUGGCUACAUGCAAAUCUUAUCCGCCUGCUUCAUGUCAUUUGCACACGGAGGAAACGAUGUUUCCAAUGCUAUAGGCCCUCUAGCAGCAGCUUUGUCAAUUCUCCAAGGUGGCAUGUCUGCAGCCGAGAUUGUAAUUCCUAAUGAUGUCCUAGCAUGGGGUGGAUUUGGGAUUGUUGCAGGGUUAAUGAUGUGGGGCUAUCGUGUUAUUGCAACAAUAGGAAAGAAGAUUACGGAACUAACACCGACUAGAGGAUUUGCUGCCGAGUUUGCAGCAGCAUCUGUGGUGCUUGGGGCGUCAAAACUUGGACUCCCAAUCUCAGCCACUCAUACUCUGGUCGGCGCAGUAAUGGGUGUCGGCUUUGCUAGAGGGCUCAACAGUGUACGAGCAGAGACGGUGAGGGAAAUCGUCACUUCUUGGGCUUUUGCUGUUAUUUACACAUGGAUCUUGACUAAGGUUUUAUCGUUUGUAUUAUGAGUGUAUGCUGCAAGGCAUCAAUUGCAAUCUAUUUUUUGGACUUUACUUGAUGGAAUGGUAGUGCCUUUUCAACUAAGGUUGAUAGUUCACUUGUUGCAACAGAAGGAGCACUUGGUCCAAUUCACUUUGAGUUGAAACCCUUGUGAAUUAAUGCAUGUUUGUUGACAUUGCCUUGAGUGGAGAAUAGGUUGCUGCCGAAGAUGCUUUGGAAAUCAAUUAGCUGCUCAAGUGUCAUUUCUGGGCUUCUCGUCUAUUGCUUCUUGUAUCUGCUAAUAAUCAGAAGAGACUGAGGAGGCCUAUAUCAGUCAGAAUAGCACUGGAAUCGACAAAAACCAGACGAUCGGGUUGAGCGUUGCAUUCUUAUUUUUUAUGAAGAGAUACUGUUAACAAUUUAUGCAGUCAAAUGUAUGCUUUUUCUAGUAGACU